AUGUAUGUGAAAUGGUUUGGUACAGUAAUGUUUUACUAUGUGAUUUUAUUGUAUUUAGUGAAUGUCACUUUUUGUCAUUUUCAAAUUUCCCUCCAGUUCUGUCCCCGUACGUCCCGACGCUCGCAGGGGACGUAACCCAGAUGACACAUACCAGCAUCCGCCGGAGGACAUUACAGGGGACACUGCAGGAAGGACAUCACGGGAGCGCAGGACAAGGUAAGUGAUCGAAGGAUCCCGGAGCAGCGCCACAUGGUAAGCCCAAGUGUAGCUCGGGGUUACCGCUUGUGCUACACUCGGGAAUACCGCCAGGGAGGCUACGGU